GCGAGCGCCAGCGGGAUCGGGCGGCGAUGGAGCGGCCGCCGCCAUUUUAUCCCGGUUUGCCCGAGCGGCGCCAUGAGGGGCCAGGGCCGCUUCCUCCGGCAUUCUCGCUUCACAACCGAGGCCGGGAUUCCUUUUAUAACCCCGGGAUUAGGAAUGAGGAGAGGUCCGGUGCCGGACUUUCUCUCUCCCGCCAACCUGUAUUGGCGGUACCGGAGGGAGGCCUGGCCCAGGGCCGGGCUGCGGCUGGGGGAGACUGGCGGUUACCCGCUCCCCCCGCGGACAGCUUCCAUCACGGCGGCCUGGGAGGGCCUGCUCCGGCUCAGAGCAGGGUGGAGCUGCACCAAGAGUGCGGCCAGCGGCCACAGUGGGAUCCGGACCAUCGAGACCGCCCUCAGGCUCAGGAGAACCGGGAGCGCCCGAGGAACUACCCGCCCCAUCCGUGGGGUCAUGACCCCACCCCUCACCCCCAGGGUCAGCAACACCGAGACCACCCCCCUCACCCCCAGGGUCAGCAACACCGAGACCACCUCCCUCACCCCCAGGGUCAGCAACACCGAGACCACCCCCCUCACCCCCAGGGUCAGCAACACCGAGACCACCCCCAGGGUCAGCCAUACACAAAUGAGCCCCCUCACCACCGGGGUCAGCAAUAUCGAGACCACCCUCCCCACCCACAAGGUCAACAACACCCAAUUCACCCUCCUCACCCAAACAGUUGUCAGCACCCAGACUACAUAUCUCACUCACAAACGCGUGAACAUCUUACCCACUCAUGGAAUCAUCUCCAUAAAGGCGAACCUCCCCACCUACAGGGCUGCCCUCCUGUUCCCCAGCAUCAGGAGCAGAAGGAACAUCUGCCCCACCAGCGGGGGUAUGAAUGCAGAGAUCAAGUUAGUCUCCCACAGGGGUUUUCGCAACAGGGCCGCUCAGCUAAUCAGUACCACGAAAUUCAUCUUCGACAGGGAUUGUCACAUCGUCCCCAGCUUCCAUUUCAACCUGAGCAAAUGGAUUCUCAGCAACAGUAUCCAUUCUGGGAGCAUUUACAUCCAGAGCAACAUCAACCCUUCUCAGAGAGAACUGGAGUUGCCAACAACGUGCCACCUCAAAUGCAUAGCAUGCCUUCCCAGUCUGAGAAUAUUUCCUGCCAGGACCAAUCCUUGCUUUGUGGUGGAGGCCUUAAUUCAUCAGUGGGAUAUGGACCUCAGAACUCUCAGUUAAUAAAUCCUAGCCAUGGCAUUCCUAAUCAGCAGAACUUCCCAAAUUCAUCAGGAGAGAUACCCUCUUGGAAAAAGGAACGUGACACUCUGUAUAACAAUGAAAACAUGGCAACACCAUGGCCCAGUGUUGCUAACUUCUCUCAAAACCUUAAAGACGUCAAUGCUGAACAGCUGCAUAGCAAUGACUCCAUAACUAGAAACCUAUCGGAACAGUUGCCCCAUAAUUUUAAAUAUAAUGAACCUUUAAAGGAACAAGAUGAGUUAUGGUUUACCCGAUUCUUGUCAAAACGUAGGUUGCAGCCUUCUGAAAUUAAAAAACCCAAAUCUUACCCAUUAAUUAGUGAAGUAAAAGAAUCUGUACUCAGUGCUUGUAAACUUGUGACUGAGCUCACAGCCUUAUGCCAGCAAUUAAGAUUUAAUGUCGAAAAUGAAGCAGUUUGGACUGAAUCCUAUCUGAAAGCAGUUGAAAUGAGAACUGCUUUACAGGAAAAAUUAAAGACACUAAAAAAUGACAACUAUCUCAGUGCUGUGAAAAAGAAAUUGGAAAGAAUCAAGAAGAAAAGGAGCAGCAUUCAAAGGAAGAAACAAAUGUGGCACUUAGAAAAACAAGAGGCAGAGGCAAGGACAGCAGAAAAGGAAGCAAAAAUUGAUGCAUGGAGAAUGAAACGUAUCCGAGAAGUUGAAGAAAAAAAGAGGGAACGUGAACUGAAAGCUGCAGCAGAUGGUGUCUUGUCAGAGGUACGGAAGAAACAGGCAGAUGCAAAAAGACUAACGGAUAUCCUGCGGGCACUGGAGAAGCUGCGGAAACUGAGGAAGGAAGCUGCAGCUAGAAAAGGUGUUCAACCUCCUCCUUCAGCUGAUGAAACCUUUGAACAUCAUAUCGAGAGGCUGAGAAAGCUGAUUAAAAAACGCAGUGAAUUGUACGAUGCUGAAGAAAGAGCCUUGAGGGUUAUGCUGGAAGGAGAACAAGAAGAAGAAAGGAAAAGGGAAAAUGAGAAAAAGCUGAGGAAAGAAAGAGAAAAACUAGAGAAACAGCAACGUGAAGUGGAAAUCAUGAUGUUUGGAGAUCCAGAUUUACCUUCAGAUCACCCACUACAGCCAUUUCGCCAGUAUUAUUUGCAAGCUGAGCAUUCCUCUCAUGCGCUUGUGCAAAUCAGACAAGAAUGGGAUCGAUAUCUUCUACCAGGAGAUCAUCCUGAUGGAAGCAGUAUUCCCCGCGGUUGGGUCAUUCCACAUCCACCCAGUUCUGACACAUGGGCAACUGCAGUCCAACAGAAUGAGAGUUGAUGCUAUUCAACAAUUUUCUUUCUGGCUGAAGUAUUUUAUUGCUGAUUAGUAUCUGCUUUAUAUUAAAUAAAGAUGAAUUCACCUCGCAUUAAA